UUCAUAUUCGAGUCCUUUUUGAUUUCUCCACGGUGAUUACACCAUCAAACAACAAAGUAUUUCAAUCGUAAAUGACACUAUCAAUAUAUAAGAGUAAUAUUUCUAUUGUACGUUUCCAGUAGACUUUGAGGAGGGAUCGUGGUUAGGUUGUGUGCCUGGUGAAGUAUAGUAUAACCUACCCAAGUGGAUUGGAUUAUUGGAUGAAUAUAAUUCAAUUGUGAAGGACUAUUGAAUACUUAUAUAGAAGGACUGAUUAAGGAAGUGAUAAAAUUAGGAUGUGCAAUAGUGCAGUGCAUCGACAGUUCAAUAUGAUCACGGAGCCAUUUCCUUUUUCCACAUUCCAGUUCUUGAGGACGUGCAAUCGGUUAAUUUUACCAACAGAUGUCCGACAAUACUACACCGUCGCGAAAGACAAAUCAUUCGAGUGCCUACCCGGAACAAGCAUAAGCGAAUCAAAAACCCUCCCGCAACUUACCACCACAAAAUCGAUAGAAAUACCACCAAACCCGGACAGUACUCCAAUCUUCACGUCAUCAUCCGCUUCCUAUCCCAAAGAUAUUACAUCAACGGCAAUUCCACCUCUUCUGGCCAGUAACCCAUCAGCAUGUUUGCCGGAAACCUUCGACUUCGCAUCUGAUUUUACUGCACCACAAACCCACCUUCCCAGCCUAAAUUACUCCAACCUGUUCAAUAGACGGCAAAGAGGAGAAAAACGACCUAUCCCCGAUGAACAAAAAGAUGAAAAAUACUUCGAGAGAAGAAAACGAAAUAACGAAGCUGCAAAGAAAUCACGAGACGCCAGAAAAUUGAGAGAAGAUAGGGUUGCAUUUAGAGCCGCCAUUCUAGAACACGAGAACGCAAUACUCCGUGCCCAACUCGUCGCCCUUAGAGAUGAAAUGACGACCCUCCGACAAAUGAUUGGCCCGCGAGCGACGCAGAUAUCGCUUAACUUGUAAUUUAUUAGAUAUAUUUGUUGUUUUCUUAUCUAUGUGAUAAUGUUGUUUGAAAUAACGUAAAAUAAAGAAAAUUGCACGAUUGCCAGAUUGUCAGUUAUCCUCUUGUCGUAUAUCA